GCGCCAUCCACCUUACAAGGUUACAAUAGCGCGGUCAAUAGGUUCAUCCGUUUCUGCAGGAAAGAAAAGAUCCAGCGAAGGUUCUGGCUUCCAGCCGACGAACUGGUCCUAUGCGCGUUCGCCGCAUCCAGCAAAGGCCGCCACGCAGGCAGCACGGUCAGAAACGCCAUUGCCGGCCUUAAGGCAUGGCAUGCAGCGCAAAAUGCGGAGUGGAAAGGAGGCAAGCAGCUGAAGUACAUCUUGAACGGCGUGGAGAAUCAGCGUCCACUCUCUUCGCGCUGCCCGCCAUGCUUCCCGGUCUCCCGCAACUUUUUGCGCAUCUUGAGGGCUAAACUUAACCUCUCAAACCCCGUGGACAUAGCCGUCUUUGCUGCGGCA